UGUAACUGCCAAACCCCGUUAAGCAACUAUAACAUAUGACAACCCAAACAACCCUUCCCCAAAUCUUGUAAAAACUUCAACAACUGGUCUCUUUACUUUCCUUUCUCCUUCGUACGCUAAGAUCCACCGGCCUCCAUUGCACCCUCCGCCAUUCCCUCGCCGGAUCUCUGACCAGUUUUGCUUGGGGUGGAGAUCAUGAAUCACGAAGGUGGGUAUAUUGUUGAAGUUACGGGGCUUGCUCCCAAAGCCACGGAGAAGGAUGUUCAUGAUUUUUUUGCCUUCUCCGGCACCAUUCAGCAUGUUGAAAUCGUCAGGUCUGGUGAUUACGCCUGUACUGCUUAUGUGACAUUCAAAGAUGCAUAUGCCCAGGAGACUGCUGUCUUGCUCAGUGGUGCCACCAUCUUGGAGGAACGAGUGUGCAUAACACGCUGGGGACACUACGAAGAUGAAUUCGAUUUUUGGAACAAACCUUCAACAACAACGGCUAAUGAAAGUGAAUCGACUCAGCAACACCAGCAAACAGGGCAAUUCACCAGCGAUGCAGGACAAGCAGUGACAAAGGCCCAGGAAGUGGUGAAUGAAAUGCUAGCAAUGGGAUACGUUCUGGGGAAAGAUGCACUUGGCAAAGCGAAAGAAUUCGACGAGUCCCAUCAAGUUUCAGCGACUGCAACAGCAAAGGUGGCCGAGUUCACUGAGAGAAUCGGCCUAGCUGACAAGCUCUUUGCCGGAAUGGAAGCUGUCAAAGCCGUGGACGACAAGUACCAUGUCACCGAGACAACCAAAUCAGCAGUAUCUGCCACGGCUAGAACAGCAGCAUCGGCAGCAAACACCGUGAUCAGCAGUAGCUACUUCUCGAAGGGCGCUCUGUGGGUAUCGGGAGCUCUGAAUCGGGCUGCUGAUUACGCUUCUGAUUUGGGUAGCCGGGCUGCCCAGCAUUGAGCCCUAUUCAGUCCCAGUUGGUCAACCUCUAGAACUCAGAAGCUUAUUUUGGUGGCUGAAAUGAAGAACUCUUUGUAUAGAAACUCGUCCUGCCUGGCGCCUGCUUAGCCGUCCGGUAACAAAAGGGUUACGUAGAAACAUUUGUUGACGACUGAUGAGUAUGACAGAGUUACUAAUAAUUCCGUCUGUGGAAGGUGGGAAAUUGACUAUCAAACACGUGAUAUAAAAGAUCGAAAGGGCAAAAUGCACAUUGAUUAUCACAUUUUGUUAUUCAGUUUAUUGACAUAUACCU